AACACAUGGACCAUAGUCCAUAACUAUUAACUUUAAUCCACUUGAGCCAGCUUUCCUUUCUCAAUAAAAGCCUUUACCUCUUACCUUUCAUGAAAACAACCACCUACUUUAUUACCAACACAAGAAGACACAUUAAUGGCCCCAUCUUUUCUGCUUAGUAUUCAAUACACCGACGCACUCUGAGAUUACACUAUUCAUAUACAAACCUCUCUUCUUCAAGUCUCCACCCGAAAGAAUGGAUGGAAUACUAGUGAAAUCCCUGUUUUUCUUUGUAUCACUAUGUCUUGCUAUCGACCUAGCCAUAUGUAUCCCAAACACAAAGAAAACUUACAUCAUCCAAAUGGAUAAAUGGGCAAAACCAGAUAUAUUCAUUGACCAUGUUAAAUGGUACUCAUCGCUAAUAAAAUCAGUACUAGCAUUCACACCAGAGAAAGAAAAAACAGGGGGCGAAGAAGAAAGGAUACUUUACAGCUACCAGACUGCUUUUCAUGGUGUUGCAGCUCAGCUUAGUGAAGAAGAAGUGAAAAAAUUACAAGAACGAAAUGGGGUUCUGGCUGUUUUUCCUGAGACUAAAUAUCAGUUACAUACCACUAGAAGUCCUUUGUUUCUUGGCCUUGACCGUGAGGACAGCAGCAAAUUGUGGUCUGAUAGAUUAUCUGACCAUAAUGUAAUUGUAGGCGUUCUUGAUACAGGGAUUUGGCCGGAAAGCCCAAGUUUCAAUGAUACUGGCAUGACAGGUGUUCCAGCUCACUGGAAAGGGGCAUGUGAAACAGGGCGUGGUUUUGAGAAGCAUCACUGCAGCAAGAAAAUUGUUGGUGCUAGAGUAUUCUUCCGUGGGUAUGAAGCAGCUUCUGGUAAAAUAAAUGAAAGGGGUGAGUUCAAAUCGGCAAGAGAUCAAGAUGGGCAUGGCACUCAUACUGCUGGAACAGUUGCGGGGUCUGUAGUCCGUGGUGCUAAUCUUUUGGGUUAUGCUUAUGGUACUGCCAGAGGAAUGGCCCCUGGUGCGAGGGUUGCAGCUUAUAAAGUUUGCUGGGUGGGUGGGUGUUUUAGUUCGGAUAUACUUUCUGCAGUUGAUCAAGCUGUGGCUGAUGGGGUAAAUGUUCUGUCAAUCUCUUUGGGUGGUGGAGUUUCGUCUUAUAAUCGUGACAGUUUGUCAAUUGCUGCUUUUGGGGCCAUGGAGAAAGGGGUUUUUGUUUCAUGUUCAGCAGGAAAUGGUGGGCCUGAUCCGAUUAGUCUCACAAAUGUGUCACCAUGGAUCACUACAGUAGGAGCCAGCACUAUGGAUAGAGAUUUUCCAGCAACUGUUAAGCUGGGGACUGGGAAAAUUGUGACUGGAGCUUCACUUUACAAAGGUAGGAAGGAUCUUUCAACACAAAAACAGUAUCCUUUAGUUUAUUUAGGAAGUAAUUCGAGCAGCCUCAUGCCGAGCUCGUUGUGCUUAGAGGGUACCUUAGAUAAAGCCUCAGUUGCUGGGAAAAUUGUGAUCUGUGACAGGGGAAUUAGUCCUCGAGUUCAAAAGGGGCAAGUUGUGAAAGAAGCUGGAGGAGUAGGAAUGAUUUUGACAAAUACUGCAGCCAAUGGCGAAGAGCUGGUUGCAGAUUGUCACCUCCUUCCGGCAGUAGCAGUUGGUGAAAUGGAAGGAAGAGCAAUCAAGCAUUACGCUUCGGGUAGAAAUGCCACUGCCACUUUGAGAUUUCUUGGGACUAAAUUAGGGGUCAGGCCUUCUCCGGUGGUUGCUGCAUUUUCAUCCAGAGGACCUAAUUUCCUCACACUGGAGAUUCUAAAGCCAGAUAUGGUGGCGCCAGGAGUGAAUAUCCUUGCUGCUUGGUCUGGUGCUUUAGGUCCGUCUAGUUUGCCAAUCGAUCAACGAAGGACGAAUUUCAAUAUAUUGUCUGGAACUUCAAUGUCAUGUCCACAUGUUAGUGGCAUUGCUGCUUUGCUCAAAGCCAGGCAUCCAGAUUGGAGUCCAGCAGCAAUCAAAUCCGCACUCAUGACAACUGCUUAUGUUCAUGAUAACACUUAUAAAUCUCUAAAAGAUGCCUCAUCCGCUACUCCUUCAACCCCAUAUGAUCAUGGUGCAGGGCACAUCAAUCCACAGAAAGCUGUUGACCCCGGUCUGAUUUAUGACAUAGGGGCACAAGACUACUUUGAGUUCUUGUGCACGCAAGAACUCAGCCCUUCACAGCUAAUGGUUUUCGGAAAGUUCUCAAACAGAACUUGCCACCACUCGCUUGCUAAUCCAGGGGACUUGAACUACCCAGCUAUCUCUGCAGUUUUUCCUGAAGACACCAAAGCUUCAGUGCUGACCCUUCACAGAACAGUCACCAAUGUGGGUUCUCCCAUCUCAAAUUACCAUGUUGUAGUCUCAUCAUUCAAAGGUGCAGUAGUGAAGGUCGAGCCACCACGAUUGAGUUUCACCAGCAAACACCAGAAACUGUCUUACAAAGUGACAUUCAAAACGAAAUCUCGUCAAAAAGCACCUGAAUUUGGAUCCUUGAUAUGGAAAGAUGGAAUACAUAAAGUAAGAAGCCCAAUUGUGAUCACAUGGCUAGCAUCACUAUAGUUCAGCUUGCCAAAUUUCAACUAGCACUUUGUUCGCGAGGAUAAUAAAAAACAUGUUGCGGCAAGUCCCUAUGAUGCUUCAGCAGUUUUGUUUUUACUAGGAAACAGUUUCUUUUGUUUAUUGCUAGCCAUAUUGCCAAAUUACUUGUAGCAACUAUCAUAAUGAUGAAUUUGGUAAUCCGAGUGCUGUAAAAGGCAGUUUUUAAAUUGAUUCAA